AUCUGAGUUGAAGCAGUUAGGUAUGAGAGUGCUGGUAGAUGCCCGCGAGAAGCUUCACAUUCCUUGGGGAGAUAACUCAAACCAGCUCAAUGGAGACAAGUUGAUGGCCUUUGACACCCGGGCCCCCAUGGCGGCCAAGGGGAUGGUAGAGGCCCAGGUGUUUUCACAAUAUCUUCCUGCUCUGCGAGCCUUGUGGGCGGACAGUGGCAUACAGAAUGCCUAUGACCGGCGUCGAGAAUUUCAACUGGGGGAAUCUGUGAAAUAUUUCCUGGAUAACUUGGAUAAACUUGGAGAAGCGGAGUAUAUUCCGUCACAGCAAGACAUUCUGCUUGCCAGGAGACCCACCAAAGGCAUUCACGAGUACAGCUUUGAAAUUAAAAAUGUUCCUUUCAAAAUGGUUGAUGUAGGUGGUCAAAGAUCAGAAAGAAAACGUUGGUUUGAAUGCUUUGACAGUGUGACAUCGAUACUCUUCCUUGUUUCCUCAAGUGAAUUUGACCAGGUGCUUAUGGAAGAUCGACUGACCAAUCGCCUUACAGAAUCUCUGAACAUUUUUGAAACAAUCGUCAAUAACCGGGUUUUCAGCAAUGUCUCCAUAAUUCUCUUCUUAAACAAGACAGAUUUGCUUGAGGAGAAAGUACAGGUUGUGAGCAUCAAAGACUAUUUCUCAGAAUUUGAAGGAGAUCCCCACUGCUUAAGAGACGUCCAGAAGUUCCUGGUGGACUGUUUCCGCGGCAAGCGCCGGGACCAGCAGCAGAAGCCUCUCUACCACCACUUCACCACCGCCAUCAACACGGAGAACGUGCGCCUCGUCUUCCGGGACGUGAAAGACACGAUUCUUCACGACAACCUCAAGCAGCUCAUGCUGCAGUGACGUGCACAAGACUUGCUAUUUUCAUAUCUCUUUUUGUCUCCUUGAUUGUUCUGUUUGUUUUUUAAAAUAGCAGUUUACAACAGGACUUAGACAAAUCUUGAUUUUGUGUUUGACUUCUUGGAAAUCUUAGUCCUUUCGUGGACUUUGGUUUGUGGCUGAGAGCUGUUGAACAAGCACAUCUCCAAUACUUUAGGCUUUGAUCUGUCUCACUGUGGCUUCCAUUUGAGUGAAGUUGUCACUUCCUGCCAGACCUCAGACUAGGUAUAAUCCAGGCUUUAAAUUCUGCCACUUUUAAACUGAAUUCUUCUGGAGUGCCAAGUGUAGAAGGUGUCUUACGUCUGUGUAGAUACAGGUUAAGAAUAUACAGUACUAGAACAAAGCAUUUUUGCCUGCCCUGCCCAGGUGGCAUCACUUGCGCCUCGCUUCACAGCGACCUGUUUGAAAGGGCUAUGGGAAAGCAGUUUGAGCUGUGGGAUGACAUUCUAUAGACUGACACACAUUUUGCCUUUAUGUUUUUUAAAUUGCUUACACAACAGUUUUUCAAUUUCUGUGUUUUCCGAAGGUAAUAUUCUCAGUGUUUUAAAGUUUACAUAGAAGCUUCUGGUCUGAUGCAGGUGGAGGUUCACAAACGGUACGGGGGAGCAAAAGACAAGGCCAGAGGUGGCGUUCUGCCAGAGGUGAUGAGCAGCCUGUAAUCUGCCCAUUUCCUGCUUCAUUGUCAGGUAUUUAAUGUGCCAUGUGGGAGACACUCUGGGCCUAACAGUAAAUAAAAUUGCAAACAGCUUAAUAACAGGGCCUCCAGGAUGGUAUGUGUUUCACACUGAGACCGAUACCUGCCUCAGACGAUGUGGAGCUGACUGUAGGAAGCCCUCGUCUCACCACAGACAUCUUCCUUUUGCUCCCCCGUCCCUUCCCGUCAGUUCCAUACUGUGCCAUUGGUGGGAUUCUUGGUCUGAAGCGUCCCAGGCAGUAUUUUCCUGUCAGAUCAUUCCAGGCAUCAUUUGGAAUUCCUAUUUAUUCUUGGUGUAUCUCUCAAAGAUACAGUGUAUGAUAUUUGUGCCGUUGUUUAUAAAUAAUAAACAAUACAUUCUGAGGUACAUUCUGAAUGUUUAAGGAUAAUUCUGAGGGUGGUGAGUAGUAAUUUUUCCAGUUCACACCUAAAGAUGAUUAUAUUUGACAACCCUUCCCCCCCCCAGCCACUUACCAAAUUAAAAUGGACCCUCAAAAAAGGAACUUUGUGAUGUAAAAAACACACAUUGUGACUUCAUCAGGAUGACGGGUUUGCAGCAGUAGAGACAGGCCGUGUAGGCUGCUUACUAGUAGUGUUAGAAUUGGGCGGAGAAGCAGCUGCGCGAGGCUAGGGACAUUUUGCAGUCUGACUGCUUCUCUCCUUUUCCUGAGCGUUGUGAUUGAGACUGUGAUCUGUCACUUUACUGUAUAAGCUGACUGUGUUCUCAGGUAUUUUAUUGACUAGGAAGUUUUGAAAGAAUGGUCAAAAUGAUUGAUACCCAGCUUUCCCAAGACUUGUUAUGUCUUGCAGUCCAGGAUGAGAGUAGAGCUGUCAGUGAGCUGAACCAGGGAGGGGUGGUUUUUAAGAGAUCUGGCUUCUCUUGCAUUUGAAGUUCCAUCACCAUCAUACCCACAAUAUCCAGUGCUUCAUGCCCUGGUGUGUACAUGAGCUGUAGACAUGUAGCCCGCAUCCAUGCAAGCAUUCAGAGUGGAACUCAAGCGUGUUUGAGUAGUGCUUCUUGCCAAAAAGAAUACAUUGUUUGAAUUCACAGUUAGAAUAAUUUCAGUGCUAAUGGAUAUCUGAAUGUGUGCAUUCAGUUACAUUAGAACUUUUCUUCAAUGGAAAGUCUUGUAAUUUAGCAAAUAGCUUCAUUGAAUGGCCAAAAUUUUCUUUAAUGCCAGUGAGGGCCAAAGUGAGUGUUCUGCAUAAAGAGAAUUUUAGUUAAGUUAAAAUGUGAACUCUGUUAUAUGAACCAUGCAAAUGCCUGACAAAGCAGAAAUCUCCAACUUUUCCCAUCUUGACUACCACCAAGAAUGACUAAAACACACAGAUCCGAUAUUAGUCAGGAGCGUUUGUGACUUUCUUACCUGGUGUGUGUGAUGUCUGGGAGCCUCCAGUUUUCUGUCAAGUCCAGAGUGCACGAGGCUGCGUGACCUGCGCUGAGGGGCAGGCUUGUGUUCAGCCUGGAGCUUUAGUCGGAAUUCCUUGCAGGCUGUAUUUUUGAACCAUUUGAAAUGAAUUCUAAACCUAGAUCCUUUUGAAGUAACCACUAUAUGAAGAGGGAGAUGAAAUUUUGUGAGCAAAAUCAAAAGGUGCUCAUAACUUUCUAUGCCAGUUCCCCCCACCCCAUCUCUAAAGAAAUAAUUUAAAAUUCUUUGGUGUGUUUUUGUUUCUCCAAGAGUUCGUGAUUAUGAGUUAGAAUAAAAUGUGCCUCGUCCUCUUUCACGUUCUGUUCUAAAAUCUGAAUGUAUCUUGGCUAAUUCUUAAGAAAUAUCACACAAGUGUCUUCGUUGACCUUGGAGAAAUUUAUAGUAUACAGAGUUGCCUUAUAAAUCAAAAUCACCAUAAACUUGGUCCUUGAUUUUUAUAGAGAAGAGGAUUUUUGUCUUAUAUGUUCUCUGAAAAUCUAAGGUAUGCCACUUAAAUAUUAUUUCCAGUAACUUGAAUCAUUGCUUUCUGCCAAAUGUUGUAUUCAAUGGAAACCUUCAUUUCAGUUUUAUUGUCUGGAAAGGACCCUGUAUAGCUAGAGAGCAACCCCAGCCAAAGGGUGCAGAAUCGAAUGAGAAAGAUCAGUUGUGUUUCCUGUGAAGUUUCACUGGGAGGUAAUUUACACAGUAGAGCUUCUCUGGCUCAUCUCAAGUGAGCGAUUGAGGGAAACCAUGUUCAAUUGGUAGCAGUGGUUGGUUUAAGGUAGAAGGAAGUAAGAUUACCUCAAUACCAAAAUUAUUAGGAGUAUUCAUUUAGAUUAAAAAAAAAUCACAUGCCCUAUACUUUUUCAAAAGAGGAAAUGAGUCAGUCUUCACUUCCAGUGUAAACCCAAGUACUUGUAUUUAUGCUUUUGAUAAAAUGUAUUUUCAGCAAUAGUACACUUAUCCCAUUAUGCCGUAGUUAUGUGAAGAAUAAAGUUGCCAAGUUAUGUUCUGUUAUGUUCUGAAAUUCAAGUCACUAUUUGAGAAGUCCUCAAAUGGGUGGUUUCAUUUCUAGUGAGACAUUCAGACAAAACCCCAAGCCAGGCCAUUUGAAACAAGGUUCUCUGCAUUGCAGUCUGGGCAGUGUUACCCCUGUAUAUGUAACGAGAAGGCUAACUAUCAGUGUUAACGCUUUAUUUCUUGUUUGAACCCCUGAAAUCAUGCCUGUAAAAUUCAGUCACAUUUGUAACAAGCUCCCUAAUAAAUUUAGAGAAAGUC